AUGGGGAAGUCGGAGAGUGAGAGCGCAGUGGGGAUGGUGGAGAGAGCGGACGGGUCUGAGCAGACCAGCUCAGGCUUCCUGGAGGGCGGGCUGUUGCUGCUGCUGCUGCUGCUGGGAUCCCUGGUGGCCCUGAGCGUCCUCUACAGCAGAGGAAAACAGCUGUCCCCCUUUACUAGCCGGCUCCGCUUCUCCCAGGAAGAGAGGAUGGUUGUAAAACGAGGUAGCCUUUCCAUCAAAGAGUUCUCAGAGAAGGGUGAAGUCUGCGUCACUCCGGGCUGCGUGGUGGCAGCUGCCAGGAUCCUCCAGAACAUGGAUCAAUCUAAAAAGCCAUGUGACAACUUCUACCAGUACGCGUGUGGAGGCUGGCUGCAACGCCACGUGAUCCCUGAAACCAACUCCAGAUACAGUGUCUUCGACAUCCUUCGGGAUGAGCUGGAGGUCAUCCUCAAAGGGGUGCUGGAGAAUUCUACUGCCACGGAACGGCCAGCUGUGGAGAAGGCCAAGAUGCUGUAUCGUUCCUGCAUGAACGAGAGUGUGAUAGAGAAAAGAGACUCUCAGCCCCUGUUGAGCAUCUUAGAGAAGGUGGGAGGCUGGCCCGUAGCCAUGGACAAGUGGAACGAAACCAUAGGCCCUAAGUGGGAACUGGAGCGGCAGCUGGCUGUGAUGAACGCACAGUUCAACAGGCGCAUCCUCAUUGACCUCUUCAUUUGGAACGACGACCAGAACUCCAGCCGGCACAUCAUCUACAUAGACCAGCCCACCUUGGGCAUGCCGUCCAGGGAUUACUAUUUCAAUGAAGGCAGCAACCGCAAGGUGCGGGAAGCCUACCUGCAAUUCAUGAUGACAGUCGCCACCAUGCUUCGGAAAGACCUGAAGCUGCUCAAGGACAACGACCUGGUGCGGGAGGACAUGAUGCAGGUGCUGGAUUUGGAGACACAUCUGGCCAAUGCCACAGUCCCCCAGGAAGACAGGCAUGAUGUCACCGCCCUGUAUCACAGGAUGGACCUGUCGGAGCUCCAGGACAAGUUUGGUCUGAAGGGCUUUAACUGGACUCUCUUCAUACAAAGUGUGCUGUCCUCUGUCCAAAUUGACCUGCUGCCAGAUGAGGAAGUGGUUGUCUACGGCAUCCCCUACCUGCAGAACCUUGAGGACAUCAUCGAUGUCUACUCAUCCAGGACCUUGCAGAACUACCUGGUCUGGCGCCUGGUGCUGGAUCGCAUCAGCAGCCUGAGCCAGAGAUUCAAGAAUGCACGAGGGAGCUACCGCAAGGUGCUGUACGGCACGACGGUGGAGGAGGUGCGCUGGCGGGAGUGCAUCAGUUAUGUCAACAGCAACAUGGAGAGCGCCGUGGGCUCCCUCUACAUCAAGCAGGCCUUCUCCAAGGACAGCAAGGACGUGGUCAGAGAACUGAUUGACAAGGUGAAGUCCGUGUUUGUGGAUACCCUGGAUGAGCUCAAGUGGAUGGAUGAGGAAUCCAAAAAGAAGGCCCAGGAAAAGGCCAUGAGUAUCCGGGAGCAGAUCGGCUACCCUGACUACAUUUUAGAUGAUCAGAACAGGCACCUGGAUGAAGAAUAUUCCAACUUGAACUUCUCAGAGGUACAGUACUUUGAGAAUGGGCUUCAGAACCUCAAGGCCAGUGCCCAGAGGAGCCUCAAGAAGCUUCGGGAAAAGGUGGACCAGAAUCUCUGGAUCAUCGGAGCUGCGGUGGUCAAUGCAUUCUACUCCCCAAACAGAAACCAGAUCGUGUUCCCUGCCGGAAUCCUCCAGCCACCCUUCUUCAGCAAGGAUCAGCCACAGGCCUUGAACUUUGGGGGCAUCGGGAUGGUGAUUGGGCACGAGAUCACACACGGCUUUGAUGACAGUGGUCGGAACUUCGAUAAGAACGGUAAUAUGCUGGACUGGUGGAGUAACUUCUCUGCUCAGCACUUCCGAGAGCAGUCGGAGUGUAUGAUCCACCAGUACAACAACUUCUCCUGGGACCUGGCUGACCACCACAAUGUGAAUGGACUCACCACCCUCGGAGAGAAUAUUGCAGACAAUGGUGGAGUGCAGCAGGCAUACAAGGCUUAUCUACAGUGGCUGGCUGAAGGUGGCAAGGAUCAGCGGCUGCCAGGACUGGAGUUGACCUAUGCCCAGCUUUUCUUCGUUAACUAUGCUCAGGUGUGGUGUGGGUCUUACAGGCCUGAAUUCGCAGUCCAGUCCAUCAAGACUGACGUCCACAGCCCUCUGAAGUACAGGGUACUGGGCUCACUUCAGAACCUGGCCGCCUUCUCUGAGACAUUUCACUGCCCACGAGGCACCCCCAUGCACCCCAAGAAGCGAUGCCGUGUCUGGUAGCCAAGCCUCAGCCAUGCUGCAGCCCCCACCCACCCACCAACUGGAGGCUUUGUGAAAGGUGCAGCCAGCAGAGAUGCAGGUCUUUGCCUGAAGGCCACAGCGGCCGACACCCAGCCUUCUGCGCCAGCCUGGAGUGCAACACCUACCCACACCUGUGAUGCGUGGUGCCUGGCCCUGUGCUCCUUCAGGCACGUGAGAGUCAGCGGCCCUGGAGGUGCUGUCAACUG